AUGAAGCCCGAGAACAAGUGGAUGGACGCGGAGGCGGCCGAGGGGGAGGAAGGCCCGCCCCAACGACGAGUGUUCAAGAAGGAAGCGGCAGAGGCCAUGGGACACAUGGAAAAGCUGUUCACGGACCAGAGGCAGCUGGUGAUGGCUCGCUACCCUUCGCUGGCUGCCGACCAUCUCGCACAAUCGGCCAAUGCCGAGCGAACAGGCUACCUCUACAAGCAAGGUGGACUCGAUCGCCGACGGUGGCAAAAGCGUUGGUUUGUUCUGGUCGACGAUUUCCUCUUCUACUACUCUUCUUCUUCCAGCGCGACGCCAAAGGGCAUCGUCCGAUUAGACCGAUUACGGGCGAAGCCCGCACGGCCGCACGACGAUCCGGAGAGGGAGCACGCCUUCAGCCUGCCGGCCCAGAAGAAGCUCUACGUGCUCGCCGCCUCCUAUCUCGAGGAGCGCGACGAGUGGCUUGAGGCCAUCAACCGCGCCAGCUUCUUCGUCACGGGCCUCUCGUCGUGA